GCAGCUGCUGUGGGGGUCAUGCUGGUCCUGGUUCUGGUGGUCCUCAUCCCUGUGCUGGUCAGCUCUGUUGGCACAGGAGGCACAGAUGACAGUGGGAGCCACUUUGAGAUGCUGGGUACCUGCCGCAUGGUGUGUGACCCCUUCCCCACAACGGACACAGGGGGUCAAGCGGGAACAGAUACAGCAACCUCAGGCCUACAUGUGGACAACGAUGUAGACCUGAGUGAUCACAGCAUUGGCCAACCGCUGCCUACAUACAGUGCUAACGGCCCCUACGGCAGACAUGGACGUCCAGGAAAGCCUGGACCCCCAGGGCCACCUGGACAACCAGGCCCACCAGGACCUAAGGGACCUCCAGGAGAAGGUGUGGAUAUCGUACGGACGGGGAUUCUAGGUCUAGGGGGUAAAGGGGCAGUUAGUACAACAACGUACAAUACAGCACCUCGGGUGGCAUUUUUUGGAGGACUACGAAGCCCUCAAGAAGGUUACGAUAUUCUACGAUUUGAUGAUGUGGUGACUAAUAUUGGGGGUAACUAUGAGGGCGCAACAGGCAAGUUUACCUGUAAGAUUCCUGGCACCUACUUUUUCAUCUACAAUGUGCUCAUGAGGGGAGGAGAUGGCACCAGCAUGUGGGCUGACCUGAUCAAGAAUGGUCUGGUCAGGGCCAGCGCCAUCGCCCAAGACCAGGACCAGAGUUAUGACUACGCCAGCAACAGUGUCAUCCUUCAUUUGGAUGCAGGCGAUGAGGUUUUCGUAAAAUUGGAUGGCGGCAAGGCCCACGGGGGGAACAGUAACAAGUAUAGCACGUUUUCAGGAUUCAUCCUCUACGCCGACUGAAGGCUGGACACUUUGUGGGCUUGGAGGUGAAAGGUCACAGCCAGAAGACAUUCACUUCCUGACUUUCACUUGGCUCUCACAGUGAGGUUAAUGUUGCCCAUAGCCACCGAUCCACAGUCAG